GCUGGGCUCUUUCUGAGCGGUUCGGCAUGGAAAGCUAGCAUUGCAGGGUAUUAGCUGAGCACACAUGCAGGAUGGGCUCACAGACCAAACUCUGAGCAUCGGUGGACAAGCUCCGUAAAAUGUGGUGGUCUCUAGUGAGGUUCUGCGGGGAUCGUGCCAGUCCUGGUGCAAUUCACCAUGAUCUCCAGUGGCGGGGAAAUCAGUGUAAACUCACCACUGAGAAAAUGAGCGGAGAACCCAAAUAUCGGCCCGGAGAGGAUACAGAGACAUCUGGGGGCCUGAGUCCUGGACAGCAGCCGCCCUGGAAAGGUCUGAGGGGGCACAAACCCAAGAAACUCGCCGUGAGCUCCCAGAGUCAUGCUGUGCACAGUGGCACAAAGGCUAAGGGGAGGCGCGGAUGUCUACACGGGGCAGUGAGGAGGGAGCUCUGUAUAGCUCAUUGGGUUGAGAUGGAUACUGGAGCAUGGGGCCGCCCCGCUCUGGUGGCCACAUUGUGCAGGGAUGUGGAGGGCGCAGAGCAGAGCCACAUCAAUAACUGGAGCGGCCUGGAGACCAGCCUGUCGGGAGAGGCGGGCACAGCUCACUCUGCUCAGCCCAUCCCCAAGCAGCCAGAGCGGAGACUCGCUCGCACUGUCCAAGGCCCAGCCCAGGGCAGAAUCCCCCGGAGCGGAGAACGCCAGAGGAGCCGGGGCCUGGCUCGGAAGCCAGACCGAGCCAAAGCAGAACUAAGGCACCGGGUCCCCCAGUGCCGCAGCAGGCGGUGUCCAGCGUCGCAGCCCCGAUACCAGGCUAGAUGGGCCCCUGCUCUCACUGGGCCUGGCAGGUCCCGAGCAGCAGCUUGUGCAUCCCCCAGAGCCUGGAUGUGCAGGGAGGUGGCCAGGGGCAUCUGCCAGGCAGAGCGGACCCCGUACGGAGACCCAGUGCGGGAAGACAUGCAGGAGCCCAAGUUCACAGCUGCUGUGGCCUUGGCACCUCCUUCAGCCCUUUCCUGCUAGAGCAAAGAGCUGCCAGAAAUCUCCUCCCCGUGGCUGUGCUCGGCUACCCAGCGCAGUGCUCUGUAGCCCCAGCGAACCAUCCUGGUCAGACAGUUCUCAAGCUGUAUCGGGAA